AUGGCAGCGAAUAGAGGAGCGACCCUCUUUGUCCUGCUGCUGUGCUGCUGUCACAAAGCUGAGCAGCCGGUUAACACGUCUUCAGGUACAGUCGCAGUGGAUCGUGUGGCAGAUGAAAUUCUAGUCCAAGAGAUAUUGAAUCCGAAUAAAUCAUCCGGGGCGGAAACACCCAGGACAGCAACAACACCACCACAAGCAUUGUUCAAGGGGGAAAAAAAUACGGACACUGAUGAGGAUGAGCCAGUUGGUGCUGAACCGCCAGAUAAUGCACAAUUCUCUCCUAGCAACGAGGACAAAAUUCCCAAUAAUGAGUCCAGUGCUAACGACAGUUACCAAGUCGGUGGUCCCGAGGAUCACGACAAAAAGAACUCAAAAAAUGAUCCCUAUGAAAGUUUAUCAGUUCUGGACAAAAUCCUCAAAAAAAUUGGAAAAUUUUCAGGAAAUCUUUCCAGUAAAUUGAAGAGGACAAGCAAACCUCAAAGAGCAGAGAGUGGUCAGCAUGGCCAUCAGCUCCGAGAGAUCUCUGUAAAGAAUGAAAUCCUGACUGAAUGA